CCUAUAAAUAUCACAAACGUCAAGAGAAAAGUUCAGUAUUUUUUUAAUUCAGGAAUAAUUCUAGAGAAGCCCAUAUCCCAUAAAAAUCAGAAAUGAGGUUGUCUAGUGUUCUAUCCAAGGCGAAAAAUUGGUCGAAUCAAUAUUCGAAUCUCCCUGAAUCAUAUAUAAAACGUGCAACAGAACAAGUUUAUUGGAAAAAUCCUAAGGGACCACAAUACAAGCCAAACACAGAAAUUAAGAGGAAAAAAUUCAAUUACACAGUGGACCGUUCAUGGUCCUUGCAAUUUCAACAGGAAAAUGCUGCUGGAAAAUGUCACCCUAAGGUUUGGGUAGAACCACUGAAAGAAUGGAGUUAUUUCAGAGGUGAUCGUGUGGAAGUUUUAGAAGGAAAAGAUAAGGGAAAACAGGGAUUUGUAUCUACUAUUAUUCAGGAGAGGAACUGGGUGUUAGUCGAAGGACUGAAUUGUAAACUGGAAAAGAUGGGUACUAAAGAAAAUACUGUGUAUUAUCAAAAAGAACAACCCCUCUUGGUUACAACGCAAGUUGUACUAGUAGACCCUUCAGACUUAAAGCCUACGUCUUUUGAGUGGAGGUAUACAGAAGAAGGUGAAAAAGUGAGGGUUUCCACAAGAACUGGAAGAAUUAUUCCUAUUCCUGCAACAAAUGAAGAAACAAGGGAUUAUAAAAGUAAAUCCACCUACAAGGAACAACCCAAAGACACUCUUUCUGCUGAAGUGGACAAGAUAACCUUUGAGCCAAAGCUGUGCACAUUCGAAAUGGAAAUAAUGGAAAAAAUGGGAAUCAAAGAGGAUCGUGUACCUGCCAAGUCUUAUUGGUACUAAGUUAAUUAUAGUAUAAGUUGAAAAGAAAGAAUAAAAAUAAAAACAAUGUA